AUGACUGAACUAGAUGAAAUACGUUCGAUCACAUCUCAACAACAUUUUAAUACUGGGACUUCUGAAGAUCGACAGAUUUCUCAAUCUGAAGUAAUAACAAUAUCUUCAAAUGAAUCUGAUGAUGAACCAUUAUUAUAUAUUGGUCCAGUGAGAAAUAAUCGUAAGUUCUAUUCACACUAUUAUUUUGAAAUUCUUGCUAGUUCUAUAAUUAUCGUCUCAAUUAUCAUUAUUAUUGCUGGUGGGUAUUAUUUUACAAGAGAUUCUAUACCACCUACAAUAUCCACUAGAUUCACAGUAUUUUCAACGUUUCCAAGUUCUUUAACAUCGACAAAAUCGAACGUGUUUACAAGACCCACAAAGUGGAACAUGUUUACAACAUCGACAAAACCAAACAUGUUUACAACAUCCACAGAGUUUGCAGGAUCGAAUAUCACAUGCAAUAAAGAAUCUGGAAGAGGUAAAUCAUGUGCAACGUACGAUUCGGAUCCAACUUUAUUGAUUAGACUUGAUAGUCUAUUAACGAGUAAAUAUUGGUAUUUUUCAUAUGGAUAUAUAGCUCAAGCAAACACAAGUAUUAUUACAUUUGUUUUUGCCCAACGUUCACGAUGGAAUCUAGAUGAUUUAUCUAUCUACGAUAGUUUAAACAAUAUUGAAUUAAUUGAAGAUGGUAGCUUUGAAGGUGGUUCAUUGUACGCAUAUUGUGAAUGUGGUGCAAAAUUUCGAACGAAUGAAUUAACAGCCAAGAGUAAUCACUCAGGUUCUUAUUCAUAUGAACCUAGUAGUUUUUUCUCUUUGAUCAAGUUAUCACAAGCAGUAGAUACUAUAGUUGGACGGAAUUAUAACAUCAGUUUCUGGUUGAAAAAUCAAGGUUUUGGAAAAAAUAGUGUCUCUGUAUAUAUGAGUGUAGCAAAAGGACGAAAUAGUGAAAUUCAAGAGACUUCAAAAAAUAUUAUGAACGUUUCAACUGAAGCAUCUGUUAUUUCUUCAAUUUAG